GUAUUAGAACAAAAACUCGUAUCGCUGUCGUAAAUCAAAGAAAGACGAGGAAAUCUCAAUUCGGCGAAGAAAUCCCAAAUUCCCAAAAUAAUUAGGGUUUUUCCACGUAAUGUCGACGGGAAGGCCAAAGGACGGCGACACUCAGUUGGCGGUAGUGGAGCCGAAAUCGGGGCUUCCACCGCGACCUCCGUCGACUACAUCGACGGCGAUUGUGGAGUACGAGAAGCCAGCAUUCAAGGAGGAGGAAGAGGAUUUAGAGGUGAAGCUCCGCCGCAUUAUAGAGAAUGUACCCGUUCGUGUUAGCAAUACAUCCGGAAGUUCUGCCGGUUCCGGCUCCGGUGAUUUCCACCAGUAUCGACAAAUGAGACGCAAAGAGCAAGACAGGCUUGCGAGAAUGGAUGUUGACUACCAGAAAAGGAAGGAAAUAGCCGAGUUUAACAUGAGAAGGGAAGAAAGAUUAAAAGCUGCUGAGGAACGGACGGCUAAGAAACGCCUAAAACGCCAAAAGAAGAAGCAAAGGAAAAAGGAAAAGAAGAUGAAAUUAAGUGCUGAGGGAGGAGAGAACAAGAAGGAAGAGUCUUCAGAUGAUGAAGCUGACUCUGAACAUGACGAAGCAACAGUAGAAUGAGCAAAUUUUUACUUUAAUAUCUAUUCUCCGACCCUGGUCCUGUGAACUUGGCUCCAACUUGAAGGAACCAGAUCUUGUGUUGUUAUUUAUACCGAGUUGGAGUGUUGAACUCGGUCUUCCUUGUGUGCACAUUUGUGAGAAGCAAAGCAAUGAGGCAUGAGAUAAAUGUAACUUCAAAAGAAAUGGUUCCGAAAUAUUAAUUUAAUUUUGUAACAAAA